AUCGUGCUCACACGCAAGAGUCAAGAGUUCACCAAGGCGUUCCUGGUUCAUUACUGAACGCAUAACAGUUUUCACUGAUUUCAGCUUUGAAAAGCUGCGUUGAUCGGCGGAUGCGGAUGUUACAGGAACUGUCAGGCGCGUAACUAUAGGAUUUUUGAUUGAUCGAGACACUUCUGGGGGGGAUCUGGGGCAUGCUCCCCCAGAAAAAUUUUGAUUUUCUAAAACUUAGAAACGCUAUUUUCUGCAUUCUGGGAGCAGUUCAAACGAAAUAUCAAUUUCAUAAACAGUGACACAAUGACUAUAAUUUAUACUGUAGUUUGCCCCCAAUCCUGAGGCUAAGAAUUACAAAUAUUUUUGGUCGAACAUCAUUGAUCAGGUGCAUAAUAAAAAAGUGCUUGUGCUCAAUUGUUGUAAUAUUUGGGCGCUGGCCCGCACUUUUGUUAUUGGGGUACUUGUGCACCCACACAGCCUCCCAUUUCUUACAUUACUGUAGGGCAAGAAUAAUUAGAGAACUACUGUCUGUCAUUGAACUUGAACUCGAUUGACUCAUAUACCUACAGUAGUUAUGGGCCUGACUGUAAGCAACAAUUGGAAACAUCGCCUAGUCAGUGGAAACAAUUUUUCGCUCCGUGAUUUCAGAUAAACCAGUGCGUUGUUCACUGAUCGAAUUUCUUGAUUGCAGUAGGCACAUAAAACUCUUUGGUAACAAAAUGCAUAUGCAUAUCGUGUUACAUGUGAACAUAUACUUCCUAAUAUAACUCAGCUAGAAAUUCGUUUUUGCACUUUGCAUCUUAAAAAUAUAGUUUAGGGACCGGAGAAAUAUUGUAACUAAUGUUAGCUAUUUUGAUCGAGAUUCAUCGCAUUUUGGAGUCUGAUUUUGGGGGUUUGAAAUUUUCGCUAAUAUAGAUCAAUAUCACCCAUGAAUGACCUUGCGAACCUAAAUUUCAAAUAAAAGUGCCAACACAUAAUCGUGACAUAUAGAUAUCUCCAUGUUUGGAAAGUAAAUGGAAAGUUCAUCCCUGGCGCGUGUUUUGACUGAUAAUUCGUUCAUAAACUCGCGAAAUAAGUACGUAAUAUUUCUUCAUAUUAUUUCUGUUUGAGCAAAUUUUCACAACUCAAUACUCAAUAGUCUGAGUCUAUCUCGAGUUUCGAAAAUGUUUAAUUUGCUUCGCAAAGCACUACAUGUAAACAAACGCAUAAUUUUGAGACCGACUGCUCGACAGACUACACGUAGUUUGAGACCGACUGGAUCAUUUCUCUGGGGGGGGGGUGAACCACCCCCCCCACACACCCCACAUUUACGCCCCUGGGAUAUUUACAUCAACACUAGAUUUUGCUCGUGCCUACAGUGCUAGUUGGAUUAAAACAGAUGUUAAGAAGUAAGUGAAAAUGUGAAUUUUGUGAAUUAUAUUUUCAUUAAAAUGUUUCAGAAGGACUGUUAAUGCCAAACUACAAGUGUGACAGAGCUGUCAGUAUACCCAUAUUUCAAUGUUUAUGUUGAAAUGACCUAUCUUCUUUGAAGUAUAGCUUAAAAAUUAGGGUAUGCUCAUCACUUGAAACUAGCUUUAAAUCAAAGUUUUAUCUAUAGUCUUUUUAUUAGAAUUAAAAUUAUUCAUGGGAAAAAUGUGCGAAAGGGUUGAAAUUGCCCUUGUAAAUGUGCACUAUUUUUGACAUGUUUGGGUUAGUAUUUUGAAAAGGUGUUCUGGAAGGAAAAUAUGUCUUGAACAAUACUGGUUGACCCUUAAAUUAUAACUAGUGUCAUGUAAAUCACAGAAAAUUGAAAAAAAUCCGGUCCAUACACAAUAUUUUGGUUUCUAUGAGGUCCCGAAUGGGGCUUAUUUCAUUGUUGAAUACGUUUACCUGGAAAAACUUAGAAAGUUGAAUAAGUCAAGAAUUUGACUAUGCUCAUCAUCCAAAACCAGGUUUUUCUAAUUGCUUUUUUACCUGGGUUUGUGGCAAUACCAGUUAUACGACCAUGAAAAAUGCGCGCGGCACUUUUUUUGGACACUGAAUAUGGUGACAUUUGAUGUUGUCAUAUAUUGCCAUCCUCUUAUCAUAGCAUAACUGAACUUAUUUUAAUGAGUUUGUUAAAGAAUUGUGCUCACUAUAUGCCUGUAGUAUCUAAGAUGUUUUUCAUAGCAUUAGAUGAUAAAUUUAAGUUCUGUUUUCUUUUAUUUUUAGGUGAUAAUAUCUGUUUACAUGUAUGUUGGUAUCAAAUUUUGCACAAGAUUAAAUUAUUAUUUCACAUUCUUUAUUGAAAUAUCCAAAUAAAUGGAUUAUGACAUCAAACUGGAGGGCUAAAUCCUGUUUCCAAACUUGUUUUUGUAAAAAUAGAAAAUAACAACUUAUUAUAUGUUGUUCUAAUAAAAGCUAUUGUUUUUUAUAUGCAUAUGAAAUUACAUUUUAUUCUUUGUUAAAAUGUGUACCAGGAAUACUGAAAUUUUUCAGAUCAGCUAACAAUACCUUUGUAACUUAUAUAGCCAAGUGUUCUAUCUAUUUCUGUUCAGAUUAAACAAAUGAUGGGUAAAAUAAUAGAUUACAUUUUUGCAAAAAAAUGGGCUUGUCUGUUUUCAAAGCAUAAAAAGCAAUAAAAUAAAGCAAAAGUACUUAUUUUCAAUUUAAAACCUUUGGAAUGCAUAGCUUAAUGUUUUCCACUAAAUAUUGCAAAGUUUGCGUUCAUUAAAAUGUUGUUUUAUCAGCUUAAAACCAGAUAAAUUCACGAAACACUCCUCAUAUAUGUCGCCAUAUUGAUUUUCUUCGCGCAUGGGCAGACAAAUUGCCCACCUGUUUGUAUAUGUCAUUUUCGAUUAUUAUCAUGCAAGUAAACUUUUGGCAUGCAUAGGUAUGGUACACAUACUUCUGAUAUUAUUUUAUUCUUAUCAGUACCAUGAAUAAAGCUGUUUUAUAAAAUUGGCGCAAGGGGCCUGGGAACGACAUUGUUACCUUGGUAACAAAAUUAGAAGUGCUUUUCCAUGCGUCUCAUCAUGUACAAUCAGUACGCAAAAUUUCUUUUGAUUUGGGCCCAUAAUAACUGAGCUAUGCUUCAGUGUAGUAUUCAAUAAACAUACUUACCCAGCUAAUGACGUCACACUUUGUGCUGAAUCAGCAAUUUAUAUUUUGCCCAUUUUUGCGUAUAACUUCGGAACUAGAUGAGAUAGAAUAGAGCAUUAAACGGCCAAUCGGCUUAUUUUUUGAUGCUCUUUCAGAUGAAACAAUAAUUUUUUUUGUUGCUCAUACCCUUUAAGCUUCAUUAUCUAUUGUUUGAAUUGCAUUCGAAGCGACCGAAAUUCGACGUAUAAAUUAACGGGCUAGCCUGCGUGCAGGCCCAAGGGAACUGAUAGUGGGCCUGCAACCAUCACCCCAUGUUUUCGAUUUUCGCCGGCCGAACCGCCGGCUAAAUUCCCAUUGGCUAGCUGAGGCGAUCGGUAAUUAAUUAACCUAGCGUGCAGGCCCAAGGGAACAGUGAUUCAUCACAAAGGCAUAGACAAAGGCUCUCGAUAAGCUUAAAAUUUGAAAAUUGAUCACUUUUUUCGAUUACAAAUGGAACAAGAACAGACUGUUUAUUGUUUACUUGAAGGAAGACAUGUUUUUGCCGUUAUGCCAAUGGGGAUUGCUUGUCGUGAGGUGUUGGAAUAGCAAAUUACGACUGGGGUAAACUAUAGUAACCUUUACUUGAGUUUCAUUAAUUUCAAACAGACUUCAGUUGAUACGUUAUGUGUUCUCACUUCCUCAAGAAAAUUAUCUUUUGGUUGAUGUUGAGAUGCAGUUGCAUGUAAGGACUGUAAGCCUAUUCGAAACACUUUGCGAUUUACAAGGCUUCGCUGAGAGAGCGAAACAGAAGGCGGUAUUAAAUUGCCGUUUGAAACGAAACGAUCUGGACUCGGAACGCUCUCUUCUUUUGUAGAGUUCUUUACCAAAUGAAAUAAAUGAAAUAAAUUUCGUACUUUCCGCCGCCAACAAGAAUUGCACACACGAUCUGAUAAGUGAGACAAUUUAUUUAUAACAAUGCCAAUGGCGACAGCGAAGCACACAUAAUAUAAAUCCUAAUGUGGUCGCACGACUUCCCUCAUGAUUUGAAGUUUGAGACUGGUUUUCUGUUGAAAUUCGUCCUAAUUUGCCUGUUCCGAUUUUAGUUGAAAAUGAGCACUUGCAAAUUUGGCAAUUACUGACUGCGUUGCUUGCUUUUUUGGAGUUAAAACGCAGCCAUUUACACAUUGUUUAUUAGUGUUCUGAAUAAGCAGAGAAAACCCCGCAACAUUUUAAUGCGAGUUUGUUUGUUAAUAUUUGGGUGCUGUCAUUGGUUCUUUUUUGACAAUUGACGCGCGAAUGGGGCGUGUUAUGAAAAGGGGCGUAUUUCAAAAUACCGGGCGAUGGUUGCAGGCCCACUAUCAGUUCCCUUGGGCCUGCACGCAGGCUAUUAACAGGCUUAAUAUGGAGUUUGGCAAAUUAAAACGGCAACGGCAACGUGGUCAUCAACAAUAGCAUUGAUUCUUAAAGACAAAGGCGAAUGUAAAUUACAUGGUCUUAAACGUUGUGGAAUUAAUCAGCUGUUGAACUUAACUAGUACGUGUUUGCAUCAUUUUCACGGUGCAUGACUACGGCAACAGUUAAUUCGUUCGAUGUUAUUUGAGGUGUUUUAUUUGAAUUCGAGGACUAUUUUUACUUAUUAUAAGGGUUGUUUGAGAGAAGAAAUACUUAAACAGGCAAACUAAGUGUAUA